UUCUUCAAAAGGCUCCCAGAAUGGGCUACAGGAUUAGAUUCUUCAAACAGGCGAACAGAGAUCCCCCCACAAAGUGGAAAGCCUCAGGAUGCACACAAGCGGUACAGUUGUCCUCCUCCUCCUUCAAGUCCUUCUCAAGUUUGACAUCCUUCUUGCUGCCCCUUCAGUUGGACUCCAAGAGGAGAAGGGAUCUGGACUUGAGACCACCCCUGAAAAGAAACUGGAUCUGCAGAAAGAAUUUAGCAUGAGCUUAAAACUCUCACGACAACUACUUCGCAAAACAAAGGAUCUUACAAGAUACUAUCUUUUGGACCGUUUACCUGGAGUUGAGGUUCCUCAUAUUUCCCACUUGGAGCGCCUGCCCUCAGCCAGCCUUGAUUUUCACACAUGGCUCUCUCUUUCGGAUGCCAGCCGCCUGUUGCAGAUAGCCAAGACCAUUUCAUUUUAUCACAAGUUAGUUCAACAGCUGAGGAAGUUUGAAGCAAUCAAAGAAAAUUCAAAUUUUUUCUCUCAGUUUGAAGAUAUCGAUGUUAACCUCCGAGAUCUUGGUCAUCAAGUGGAUUACCAGAUUACACUUUGGGGCCUAUCAUCUGAUACCCAGCCUAUAUCAAUUCCUCGGAUCCUUCAAAACCGCAAUCAAUGGGCGAACCGCCAAGAAGUAUAUAUUGUCCUUCGUUCUCUUGAAAGCUUCCUGGUUCGAGUUGCACGAGAUUUUUUGAUGCUCAGGAUGAGGGUGCCAAAAGUGGCUUUACCUUCCAAGAGUUUCUAA